CUCUUGCCGCCACGAUGCCUUCUGCAGGCUGCUGCGAGGAGGCAGAAGGCGCCGCCACCCCUGGGGAAGGCCCCUUCCCUUCGAGCCCCCCGGCGGCGCUCCCCUCGGCCUCGGAGCGGCCCCGGCUUUGCGGCUACCUGCAGAAGCUGACGGGGAAGGGCCCGCUGCGGGGCUUCCGCAGCCGCUGGUUCGCCUUCGACCCGCGUUGCUGCGCCCUCUACUAUUUCAAGGGCUCCCAGGAGGCGGUGCCCCUCGGACGCCUCGACAUCGCCGGAGCCUCCUUCAGCUACCACCAGCCGGCCGAGGCCCCCGGCGGCGGGGUCGGGGAUGUCGAGUCCGCCCUCGGCAGCACAUUCGAGAUCCACAGCCCCGGCGGCGGCGUCACCGUCCUCAAGGCACCAACACACCAGGAUAUGAAGUACUGGCUUCAGGAGCUUCAGCAGAGGAGAUGGGAGUAUUGUAACAGCCAUGAUGCAACUAAGAGAGUCAGUCAAAUUUCACCGACACCAUGUGACUCCUCCAAAGGGCUUGUUGCCAAAGAUAAUACUGAUUGGACCACCAUGUUUUCAAAUGCGUCAGCAGAGAAAGUUAGAAAUGUCCUAAUGGUGGAGGCAGCGCGCACUGAACUGGUGGGAGAACAGGCAGCGUGCCAGCCCGCCCCAGGCCAGCCAAGUGCCAUUAACUUUUCUUUGAAGCAACUGGGUACAGAUAUCAAGAACUCUGUGUCUUCAUUAAGAACAGGAAAAGGAAGCAAUGAUAACCGUAAGAGUAUUUUUUACACAGAGGAGUGGGAAUUUCUAGAUACGAAGGAUUUGGAGGAGUCGAUAGUUCAAGAUCGGAAGAGGUUUUCAGCAGAGCAGAGCAAAGGCGUGUCUGGUCCAGCCUUUCCAUUUGAUUUUGGCCGCAUUCCACACAGAACAAGGCGUCCUUUAAAGGAAAUGAUUGCAAGCAGCAAAAACCGGAAUAGCACGGAGUCUCCUCCUGAUGAGUGUAAUGGAAACAAGCUGGCUUCCGAGAUGCAGCUGAAGUUCCAGAGCCAACAGGAAGAGUUGGAGAGUCUUGAGAAGGAGCUGUUGAGUCAAAAGGAACUUGUGCGGCUUCUGCAGCAGACUGUCAGAUCUUCACAGUAUGAUAAAUAUUUUGUAGGGCAUCUUUGUGAUGGAGUCCCCAAAGAUAAGUUAGAGCUGCUUCAUGAAAAAGACAGUCAGAUAUUGGGUCUCAACAACCAGCUUGAAAAGCUUAAUCUGGAGAAGGACAGUUUACGGCAGGAAGUAAAGAAUUUGAAAUGCAAGGUGGGCGAGCUCAAUGAGCAGCUGGGCAUGCUUAUGGAGACCAUUCAAGCCAAAGAUGAAGUGAUCAUGAAACUUUCCAGGGAGCUGAGUGAAUGUGAGGGCCAGUCAUCUGGCCAGAGUGGAGGAUCAGCUCAUUCUCCCAUGUCUUCUUCCAUCAACAAAGAACUGCAGGAGCUUGACAGACUGAAAGAUAGUCUUCAGGGUUAUAAAAACCAGAACAAAUUUUUAAAUAAAGAGAUCCUAGAACUGUCUGCUUUACGGAGAACUGCUGAAAACCGAGAAAGAGACUUGAUGACAAAGUAUACAGGCCUUGAAGCCAAGCUCUGCCAAGUGGAAAGUAAAUACCUUAUCUUGCUUCAAGAGAUGAAAACCCCAGUUUGCUCAGAGGAGCAGGGUCCUUGUCAUGAUGUGGUGGCCCAGCUCCUGGAAGAUGCCUUGAAAGUGGACAGCAGUGAGCACCUGGAGCAGACAUACUUCAAACCUCACAUGGUCAGUGAAUAUGAUAUUUAUGGGUUUCAGACCGUCCCAGAGGAUGAUGAGGAAGAGAAGCUGGUAGCGAAGGUUCGGGCCUUGGAUCUGAAAUCCCUCUCCCUUACUGAAAACCAGGAGAUGUCCACAGGGGUGAAGUGGGAGAACUAUCUGGCUAGCACCAUGAACAGGGAGAUGGUGCGCUCUGUGGAACUCAAGAACCUCAUUCGGUAUGGGAUUCCGCAUGCCCACCGCUCCCAGAUGUGGAAAUGGUGCAUUGGCCUGCAUGUAAAGAAGUUCAGAGAACACAUGGACCCAGGCUACUUCCAAGCACUGCUUCAGAAUGCCCUGAAGAAGCAGAACCCGGCUUCAAAGCAGAUAGAGCUAGAUCUUCUGCGGACUUUGCCCAACAACAAGCAUUACUCUUCUCUGACAUCUGAAGGAGUGCAGAAGCUGCGGAAUGUCUUGCUUGCAUUUUCUUGGCGGAACCCAGACAUAGGAUAUUGCCAGGGUCUCAACAGACUGGUGGCAAUUGCGCUUCUCUACUUGGAACAAGAAGAUGCCUUUUGGUGCCUAGUUACAAUAGUGGAGGUCUUCAUGCCUCGGGACUAUUAUACUAAAACCCUUCUAGGCUCCCAGGUUGACCAGAGAGUCUUCAAGGACUUGAUGAGUGAGAAACUCCCUCGGCUGCAUGCCCACUUUGAGCAAUACAGAGUGGACUACUCGCUCAUCACCUUCAACUGGUUCCUUGUUGUGUUUGUAGACAGUGUGGUCAGCGACAUACUCUUCAAGAUAUGGGACUCUUUUUUGUACGAGGGGCCAAAGGUAAUGUUCCGGUUUGCUUUGGCACUCUUUAAAUACAAAGAGGAGGAGAUACUAAAGCUGCAAGACUCAAUGUCCAUAUUCAAGUACCUCAGAUACUUCACUCGCACAGUCCUUGAUGCUAGGAAACUCAUCAGUAUUGCUUUUGGGGAUCUGAAUCCCUUUCCAUUGCGCCAGAUAAGAAAUCGCAGGGCCUACCACCUGGAGAAAGUCCGCCUGGAGCUCAUGGAACUUGAAGCCAUUCGAGAAGAUUUCUUGCGUGAGCGGGAAACUAACCCAGAUAAAAGGGACCUCAUUAGUGAUGAUGAAGAAGAUGGUUGAGGAACCCCCAGGGGCCAAGACUCUUUCUGGAAGCUUGACCAAAGUUUUGUGGAGUGGCCUCUUCCUUAAGGAUCCUGCAAAACUAAGCAACGUCAGCUGGAAAUUUGCAGGACAGAUUUCCAAGUCUUUAGCAUGCCGUUGCAGAAAUCUCCACCCCCCGCCAAAAUUUCUCCUUCCAUUUACCUUUUUUGCCAGAGUGUUAAAGAGCACUUUUUCUUGCACCUUGCAUCUGAGCUGCCGCUUUCCCCCUUCUUUGAAGGACUCAUUUUUGAAGUGCCUACACAUAGGAAGCAGUAGCGCAAAGUCCUUAAUCUUUUUAAUAUCCACCAUCUUACACUUAUUUCCCAGUUGCUUUCCCCACUCUUUCCCCUGCCCCAAAAUCCAUUUGGGAGAAUCACUCCUCAUUAGCCUUGAGUAUAUUGAACUAAGCUGGCAUUUUUCAUUGGCAGUCCAUCUCUGUUUGUUUAAAACCAGCCCAAAUAUUGACAGAUCUUCAGCAUAUCUGUGCACGUACUUAAAAACCAUGAAAAUGGGAAGAGGCUGCAUGGAGCCAGUCAAAAGCCUUUCAGUGCUUUUGCCAGGGAGCAGAGUCCUCUGAAGACAUCAUACCAUUGGUCCUAGUGGCUCUGUUUUUAGCAAGAAGAUUUGCUGAAGUCUCUUUUCACAUA